AUGCCCGUAAACUCCAAGCAGAAGGUGGCCGUUUCCCCUCCACGCACCAGGCGUGGGACUGUUAGGCUUCCUCCUGCCCAAGCCCCCACUAGUCAAGGGUCUGGUUUGUUACCUCGCCAAGUUUCUCUGACUGCAGUGGGAAAUAGUGUUGAUGAGACUUCUGGAGUCAUACCCCCUACCCAGACUGACGUAGUGCCCGCAUCAAGACCCAAUCACGCCUUCAUACGUUUCAUCGAGGGGCUCGAAGGCUUGGUCCACAGUUUCAAAGCUCGGGCACUGAACCAAUCACACGCCUUGUCCUCGACCCAGGGUCAUGUGGUGGGAUCUUCGUCGGCUUUUUCUGGCUUUUCACCUUACCAACCCCCUUCAACCCAGGCAUCGCCUCCGGGUUUUUUGCCAACUUCUCCAGGCCACACCUAUUCUCACCCGCCUCCAGUACAAUUGACGCCAGAGCUUCCUAGCACGUCAUCCGUUUUGUUUAACCAGUCCUCGACCACAUCUGCUAGUGUAUUUCAGGGUGCCCAAGUGGCCAGCCGUCCUGUGGCUGCAAUAGCACAGCCUCAAGGUGCUGCUGCUGCAACAGUGCAGGGACCGAGUGGCUCAGGGGUUUCGGUUGCAGUAGCUGAAAAGCGGAAGAGGUGGCCUGGUCAGGAUCAGAACGCUGGGCCUAAAGUCUCCGGCAAAGAAGUGCAAAGGAAGCGUAGUGGUAAAGGAAAGAAGAAAAGGCGCAAGGAUGACUCCGAUGAUGAUGAUGAGUCAGGCACGUCAAGUUCAGAUGAUAGCGAUUCCUCGCUUGGUUGUUAUUGGGGUGAAGGAGAGGAUUUGGGGGCCCUCCCAGACUGGUGCUUGGAGCGGAGAGCCAACUUCCACCGCAAACAGUUUGGGGAAACUCUAGAGUGGAAGGACGGGGCUUUGGUGGAACAGGUAAACACUACAGAUGAUGUUCCUGGCUAUCAUUUGAGCACAAAAUUGCGGGCAAAAAUUCUGAACGGGGAAUAUGUGGACAUAUUCAAAUUAGUGCCGACAUGGAUUGCGAUGCGUAGGGGAAAGUUGAAGUGCCGGAAUGGGGCACCUCGGGCCGAGAGGUCCUUCGCCAAUUGGCUUGAGGGUUUCUAUGUUUUUAUGGGAGUGGUAUCCAUGGCCUACCCUAAGCGGGCGUGGCAUCUUGUCAACUACCUCAAAAUUGUAAGGGAGGUGUAUGCACUGGCAGGAGAAGAUGCCGCAAUUGCUUAUGACACAGAAUUUCGCCAGAACGCUUCCCACCUAUCCAACACCAGGUGGGAUCAGCUGGAUCAGCCAUUAUGGUUUGAGAUUGUGUAUUCGGAAAAUAACAACAAACCGCAGGAGGCAAGCAGGCAUCCUAAGUUCGCCUCCAAGCAUAAUCCUCAUCACAAAGUCUGCUGGGAUUUCAAUGAUGGGACUUGCCAACGGGUGAACUGAAAAUUUCCCCAUAAAUGCGAGAGGUGCCUUGGAACUCACCCCUGCAUUUCUUGUAAUUGGGGUUAAGCAGCACUUUUGGGGGGCUGGGGGUUUCAUGCUCAGGGAGCCCCCAGCACAGCACCAAAUUGGGGCAUGCAAGGCAUACAUGAACAAUAGUUGCUUCUCGCUUGCAAGCCUCCCCAUUAAACUCAAUUCACUCAAACGAUUACUUGAUGAAUACUCAAAUCCCGAGUCGGCUUAAUACAUUUGGGACGGUUUCUUUUCUUGUAAAUAAUUUUUAUUAAUUUUCAAUUAAAGGCAUUCCAAUUAAUAAUAAAAUUGAAUCUUGCCACAUUAAAACACACACAAUAAAACCAAUAUUACAAUCUGAAUUAAAUAAUUUCAAGGGGGCUUCCCAUGUUCUGGAUGUCAGGAACAAUGUUCCUGCGUUCAUUUCUUUUGUUCUUCCCCAGCUUCAUAAAUCCAAUCUUAACCAUUAUUUUAUGCAGUCCUGGUGUGGAACUCUCGUGUCCAUUAAAUCCAUUUCUAUUCUAACACAGGCAAUUUCUUCUGUUGCUGUUGUUCAUUAUAUAUAUAUAUAUAUAUAUAUAUAUAUAUAUAUAUAUAUGAUUUGCAUAGUCCUCUCCGUGACCCCAUCUUUGAUUUUCCGCUUUAUCUUCCAGGCUCCGGGCUCUGUUCCCACUUUUCUCAACAAGUGCCAACCCUCCUUCUUUUGAUAAGAUUUAUGGCACAGCAGUCUUUAGGUCUUUCAGACUUCUAAUAAGUUAGUAUUCCAAAUAUAAAUGAACUUCCAUAGAAAAGCAAUGCCGUGGGAUAUAUUUCACCAAUUGUUUGGUGAAUGUUUAGCUUAGCUCAUCUAAGGAUGCAUGCCCGAUUCCCCGGGCCCUAGGGAAGCGAGCCAAAUCAAAAUUUCACAUUUGCAUUCACAUUACACCAUAUAUUGAAAAGGGAAAGGAAAUCCAUGCAACCAAAUGCAGUUUUUUAAAUGUGAAAUAUUCCCUGCUUGUGUCCAAAUGUCGGGGGGGGGGGGGAGGCUGUUUCUUUUUCUUCUAUGCCAUAGCCGCCAUUUUUUUUCAUCCCAAGCCUCUUCAUAUCUGAUCUUGGUUUGCCAGUUCUAAUUGGGGCUCUCCGCCGAGAGCCACGCAACUUAAAUAUUGAAUUCCUUUCUUGCAAGGUUCGGAAAGUCGUGAUUAGCAAAUGUAGAAAAAGAUAUAGGUGCUCACCUCAUGAUGAAGCACCACGAUGAAAGUCCUUUUCAAAUCAAAGCUCUGGCAUCCAGUGACUGAUUUAAUUGGCAUGGGGUUUUUUUAUCUCCUCCUUUCCAGAACACGCCUGUUUCUUAGUCCAAAUUUUAAUGAUUUUAGGAAACGGGGCUCUCCCCCACUCAUGGCGAUGACUCUGGAGAGUUGCCAAUUCAUGCAGUGCAGCCUCAUCCAGCAUCCCUUCUGUAGUGAGCGGCAGUUAUCGGAUGAACUGCGGGUGAUGGCCAGUCCCCCUACCCUGGGGGGAUCAGCAGGGAUAAUUACCCCUGAAAAUCUGCAUGGUUGGGGUCUGGUGUUCUGGGAAAGCAGCCAGCAGCCAUGGCAGGAAAUCAGCCAUUUGGGUCGGUUUCAAUCGGGGCUUCCGAAUUCCUGUUUCUUUUUCCCUUAGCUCCAAGGAUCCACCAAAUUAAAAACUGGUGUGGUAUUUUUAUCAUGCACAAUUUAACAUUUAACUCCAUUUUCUUCAGAUGGUGCAGGGGCUCUCAGAUGCAGCUUCCGGGCUGCCUCCACUUUCCCCGAAGGUAGCCAGGCUGAAUAGUUGCUGGGGUCAGGGAAGGUGGAGGCAGCCCGGAAGUGGCACCACCUGAAGGCAGCCAGGAAUCUCUCAGCUGGGAAGAGGGGAGGCUUAGCUCCCCAGCUGAGCAUUCAAAAUUAAAACUAAAAUUUCCAGAAAGCCAGCAAACUUGCAACUUGUGAAAAAGCAGCAACACAACAAAUUGAAAAAGCAAACCAACCGCAAAUGAAUCAAAAUCACAAGAAAACAUAAAACACUGACCCCAACCCAAACCUGAUUCUAAUUCUUACCCUAACACUAACCCAGUCCUAAAAUUAACCCUAACCCAGAAAUGGUCUGGUUAGAUAGUUUUCCGACUGAGCCAGUACAUAGGUACAUUUAUCAGUGAAUUGCUAAAUAUGAUAAUGUGCAGCAGAGGCUCUUUGUCUUUGCCACGUGGUUUGACUGAAUUUCCGUCUGUUGCGCAGCUGGCACAUGGAGUGUGUUUGCACUAUAAACUUUCAAUUCCUAAACCAUUUGUGUUUAGGCAAGUCUAACCCACCCUGCAGAAUCUCAUUUUUUCCUUCCUUUCUGUAGAUGCUAUUUAUUCUGGAAUGCUUCCAAAUGCUAAUUGUGUGCAUGUUUGUGUGGAAAACCCACUACUAUAAAGCUAUGAGCAGAGCAAUUCUAGCCACGCCUACUCAGCUCUUACUCCCAGGGAAGUAAGGGUAGUGACGGUUGGUGUAUUUCUCAAGAUAACAGCAACGGUUUUCCUUCGACAGCAGCUGCGCCUCAGCGCCUGUACAUUUUCGAGAGGUAAGGAUUUCUGCCUAGUCCCGGAGAUAAGAAUCUUUAGAACCCAAUAUGAACAGAUUCUAGACUGGAAGCAGGUCUGGUGGGUGGGAGAUGUUGAAAUCAUAGAAUUGUAGAGGUGGAAGGGACCCCGAGGGUCCUCUAGUCCAGCCCCUGCAAUGCAGGAAUCUCAUUUAAAUCAUCCAGGACAGAUGGCCAUCCAACCUCUGUUUAAAUGAAGAAGAGGUAAGGUGACUGAGGAGGCGGGAAUUGGGAAGCCGCAUAAGUGCUUGCUUCUGGAGCGUGGAUCUUGGUUGUCUGUGGGGGGUGUGUGGAAUAAAGGAGUUCUGGAAAGGUGAGAAAAUGCUGUGCUGAAUUUAGGCAGGGGGGGUUCCUCUCACUUGGGCAGGGGGCUUUUGUGUAGCCUCUGUCUGUCAGGGACUGGACAGAGGAGGAAUGGGGGAGACCGUCUCCCUUGCCUGACCCUUCCAGAUAAGAAGAAGACAGCUUAGAUUUACAACAGGGGUUUGAGGGAGGUCACAGCUUAAUGGCAAAGGAGGAGGGAAAAUGCUGUGCUGAAUUUAGGCAGGGGGGGCUCCCCUCACUUGGGGAGGAGGCUUUUGCCUAGCUUCUAUCAUACAAUUGUUUUUACUUUAUUAGGGGGCCGGAUGGAGGGGGGGAGGGGAGACAACUGUACAUGUGUGUGUAUAGAGGUCGCCCCAGCACAUGGCAAGAAUCUGUGACUGGCAUUGCUAUGUUAACUCCUCGGGAGAACCCAGAACUGUUAGGGACUGAAUAGUCUGUGAAUAAUUCUGUGGAAGUAUUUAGGUGUCUUUCGGCAAAUUCACAGAAGUUCAUUAAAUUAUGUUACACUUCUCUGCUGAACUAGGAUGGUUGCGUUAUCAAUAAUGUUGUGUGUGUGAAUGGGCACGGUUAAUGUAAUUCUCACUGCUUGCGCUUCACAACAUUUCAUUUCUUCCUGACCAUGCUGCUUACAGUCUUCCUCUCCUCUCUUGUGUGCUUGCGCAUGAAAGCAACUUGGUAUAACGGCUUCAUGCAUCCGAUGAAGGGCACUGUAUUCCAUCAAAGGUUACAGCAACAUACAGUGGUACCUCAUGUUACAUAUGCUUCAGGUUACAGACUCCGCUAAUCCAGAAAUAGUACCUUGGGUUAAGAACUUUACUUCAGGAAGAGAACAUAAAUUGCGUGGUGGUGGCAUGGCAGCAGCAGGAGGCCCCGUUAGCUAAAGUGAUACCUCAGGUUAAGAAUGGUUUCAGGUUAAGAAUGGACCUCCGGAACGAAUUAAAUACUUAACCCGAGGUACCACUGUACACUGUUAGUCACUCAGUCUAAGCAGAUGGUUUUCUCGCUUCCCCUUUCCAGUUCUGCAAAGAAGCAGCAAGUGAGACUUGAAACUGGAAGAAAAAUGGGGCCAGGGGCUUUUGGGAAGUGAUCUGUAUCUGAGGGUGUGAAAACCUGGCUGUGGAUGUCACUGUGUUUUCCAAGGCUUCCUUUAGCAGGAAUAUCUGCCCCUAAUGCUCAUCACUCCCUCCCAGAACAUUUCUAUUAACCCCCACCUCUAACCCGUGAAGCCUUUCUCAAUUUAAGCCCUUAGUUUUAAUCUCUUCCUGGGUUUAGUAACUUGACUUUUGUAUAGUCUUACCAUCUUCUUUGGACUCAGCUGCAACCAGUCAAAAAACAGUGCUAUGCAUGCUUCAGAAGCCUGCAAAACCAGGUGGUGCUGGAGACCAAAAAAAACCCCACAAAAAAUUCUAAGUGGUUUUUACAUAGUUUUUUCCCUUUUGUUAUAACAAUUUAAUUUCUGACUUUUUAAAAGCGUUUUUUCGUGUGUGUAUACCCUUUUUCUCCUUCCCUUUAUUAACAAUUGCUGCACUGUUGAAAUUUAGAUUCUAAACUUCUAGGGGCAGUUAUCUGCCUAUUUGCAUCACUUGUUACUCUAGUCCUGGUGGUUCUUAGUUGUUCAGUUUAGUUUUGGGUUACUCAUGACAUUUUAAAGCGGAGACAUUUAUUUAACUAAUUUUACUUCAUCACUCUGAGGACUUCUGUUGUGCUGAGUGUUUUCUGAUGUCUCCCGUUUCUUUUGGUGGUGUUAACUGCUGUGGAGGUAAAAUGUGGUACUGUAUCUGAAUGGAAAAAAAGGAAUGGAGAAUUAUAGUGGUGCCCUGCAAGACGAAAUUAAUUCGUUCCGCGAGUUUUGUCGUCUUGCGAUUUUUUUCGUCUUGCGAAGCACGGUGUCGGGAAAGUUUUGGAAAAGCUUCAAAAAUCACCAAAGCCUUUAAAAACCUCAAAAAAGGCUACCACACCGCGUUCUAUGAGUUGCUCCUCGAAGUCAAGUCGCAACUGUAUUAACGGUGUUAGAAAAAGGAAACAAACUUGCAAGACGUUUCCGUCUUGCGAAGCAAGCCCACAGGGAAAAUCGUCUUGCGAAGCAGCUCAAAAAACAAAAAACCCUUUCGUCUAGCGAGUUUUUUGUCUUGCGAGGCAUUCGUCUUGCGAGGUACCACUGUAUUAACUAAAUUAUCUCUCCAUUAUGAGAUAGUUCUCUCUCUCUCUCAUUGGCACCUAGCCUUAAACAAGCAAGGCAUUCAACACUUGCCACCAGGCUGUACCUCAGUGGAAAGUGUUUGGAGGGCAGGAGAGGGGAAUAAGAUAAUCCCUUGGCAGUGCUUGUACAGCACAUUGGGCCCAUGGAAAUCACUGCAAGUGAAGGGAAGGGGGAGAGAUUGCUUGGGUAGAGCAUUUAAUGCUAAAUAGAAAAUGCGGGGGGGGGGGGAGAGAAAAGAAUGGAAAGAGAAGGAAUUCCUAGGACAAGGGAGAGGAAGCUAUGGACUCUGGAGGGGACCAGCAGGGAGUGGUAAUAAGUAUACUACUUUCUCAAGUUUUGUGUUAUGAUAUGCCCCCAUGGCAGCCAUUUUGUGACACCUACCAACAGCACCUUAUAAAUUCCACAUAUGCCCACGCUCUAAAGAAGUUGGCAACCUGCAUCCCUGCCAUUAAUACAUACACUCGACACACCGUAUCAGUGGAAAAUUGAGGCUGGUGGGAGCUCAGGUGGGUACAGCAGCCCGCCGCACCAUCCACUCAGGGGAUUGUUUAUUUAAAAUAAUUUACAUACUGCUUUUCAUUUGACGCCCAUGGUUGUUUUUUAUUUUUUUUAAAAACCAGAAAUAAAAUAAUAAUGUCAGGACUGGUCGUUGUCUUCUUCAGAUCACCACACAAACGCUUCUUGUUCUUUUAUAACUUUUUAUUGUGUAUUAACAAAAUAAUCUUAUAAACAGUUCUUAACUAUUAUUCCUCAGAGUCACUUAUUUCAGAUACCUUCUGAGCUCUGCUUCUCCGUGACCAGCCACCCUCAAAAUGGCGAAGGCGCCUUUCCCUUCGUUUUCCUGCUCUUUUUUCCAACCUCCUGGCUAGAGCUGGCCGGUAUCUCCCCUCCUCCGAAUCUGAGCUAGAACUUAACCCUUGCCUUUUCUGGGAACAGCCGGUCCCUCCCUGUUGUUCCUCUUGCUCCCUUCUAUUAGAUUCACUGCUCUCCCUCCCCCCUUGGGGAAUGCUUUCUCCCUCUGAUAAACUGGAAACUUCUAACUCUUCCCUGACAAAUAACUAUCCCAAUAAAGUAUAACCGUAAAACAUCACAUGCCUAAGGCCAUUAAAAGCUGGCGUCAGUGGUCAGGAUAUGCACAUAUCAGCAGAUACGUUUUUAGUAAAUGAGAUUAUUUCAAAAGAGUAGGUGCCAGCAGUUUCCUUGUCACAAGAUAAGAGCUUUGGAGGUUGCAGCAGGGCUAAAGGCGUCCAAGAUCUUAGUUACAGUUCUGUAAUUUAUUUUAUUUAUAUAAACAUUUAUAUGCCAUCCUCAUACAACAUCAGAGCAGUGUGCAGCAGCAUACAAACUUUUUAUAUAGUUUUUUUAAAAACAACAACAAUUAAAAGCAGUUCAAUCAAUCACUAAAAUGACUGGCUACUCAAUAAACUUUUAUACAACUGCAUAGGCUUGUUGGCAUAAAAAUAUCUUCAAGAGACACCUGAAAAUCAAAAGUGAGGAUCUCUGCCAAAUCUUUCCUGUUCCACAAAAUGCCCAACUUUUGCUUGAGACUGGUGAAGCCUCUGUAAUACACGGAACAGCUAACAGGGCUUUUCUGGAUGAUCUCAGUGACACAAGGGUUCAGGUGGUCAGGGCUUUGUGCAUCAUCACAAGGGCAGCCCCUUGUUAUCACAUGCUGCCCUUGUGAUGUUAUCAGUGUUAUCCCAUGCUGUCAGUCAUCUUCCUCCUGAUCAGCAGUCUCGCUUCUGCAUUCUCUCCCAGCUGAAGCUUCUGGAGCAAGCCCAAGGGCAGCCCUGCAUGAAGCACAUUGCAGUAAUCCAGUCUCAAGGUUCCCAGGGCAUGGACUAUACUGGCCAUGUUAUCCCUAUCCUUGUAUAGCCAGGGCCGGAUUAAAACCUUUAAAGGCCCUAAGCACUUAAAAGACUUUGGUGCCCCAAAAUAUAAACAACAAUAGACCAUUAAAUAAAAUCUUUAAAAAAAAAAAAAGAAAGAAACAAAACCUACAGUAAGAUGGAAAAUAAUGCUUCCAUCUAUAAAGGUAAAGGGACCCCUGACCAUUAGGUCCAGUCGUGACCGACUCUGGGGUUGCGGUGCUCAUCUCGCUUUAUUGGCUGAUGGAGCCGACGUACAGCUUUGGGUCAUGUGGCCAGCAUGACUAAGCCGCUUCUGGAGAACAAGAGCAGCGCACGGAAACGCCGUUUACCUUCCCGCCGGAGCGGUACCUAUUUAUCUACUUGCACUUUGACGUGCUUUCGAACUGCUAGGUUGGCAGGAGCAGGGACCGAGCAACGGGAGCUCACCCCGUAGCGGGGAUUCGAACCGCCAACCUUCUGAUCUGCAAGUCCUAGGCUCUGUGGUUUAACCCACAGCGCCACCCACGUCCCUGCUUCCAUCUAUACUUCCACUUUAUUUUUAUUCGGGGGGAAGGGAUUCAUACUUUUUCUAAUUGCAAGGUCUUUGACCAGAUCCUUGAAAUUAAUCUUACAUAACAUAUGCUUAGUAGAGAUAAGGCAUGCAACCUGCCUUAUUGCAUAGUUCUAUAUAUUAGUUGCAAUGCCAAUGUCUUUGUUGGUAUUGCAACUAGAAAAAGUAGGAGAUUUUUUCCCCUUCUGAAUAGAACAGCAUGGGAAGGCCUCUCAGUAGGGCUGGCUGAUACCUGGGUUUCAACAUUGUGAUAUAUCACCUGAUAAACAUUGCAAUAUCCUGAUAUAUCAUGAUGUUUUGAAUCAAGAGGGAAUAAGCCGCCUGACGUAUCCGCUUCUGUUAAGUUGUGGGUGAACAUAUCAGACGACACAGCGAUUCUUCAAACAGCUCUUGUUUAUUCAGAGGACAGAACAGAACUGAACUGGAAGGGUUCUGCCAGCUUGCUUAUAUAGAGCUCCAGUACAAUGUAACUGUAUCAACUUUCUGUAACUAUCCAAUCACUGAACGUCACAUUUGAUCCCUUAUUUGCAUAUGUGGACCUGAACUAUCUACAGUAUCCCCCUGCUGGCCCAGGUGAGAACUUCAGUACAUAACAUCUUCUGAAGCACCCGACAGUCAAACCUGCAAGCCGUGAUCAAACCACUGCAGGAGUGAUUCAUUGCAUCAUUUGCAGUCUCCCCUUCUCCAGGUGCACUGCCCAUUCUCUGCCUGUUUAAUUGUUAGCAAAGCCUUCUAACCCAGAUCAAGCACAAAGAUGAAGAGAGAGAGAGAGGUGAACUCAGUUUUUCAAAUCAAAUUCAGUUCAGGUGAAGCUUCUCUGCUCCUUACGAACAAGCCUUCCAAACUGUACCUCUGCCCAACUGUCAUAGUCUGGAAUUACAUCGCCCACAAGCAAACAACCACAGAUUUUUGGCUAUUGAGUGGCUCCUUGAGCAACUACAUUCUUUCUGCGGCGCCACUGCGAGGCUCAGCAGCCCAGUUAUGUCAGUUAUGUCACCCCUUGCCUGCAGAGCCUGCAGCCUCUCACCCUUUUUCGAUCACCCUCCCUUGUGGAGGGCUCUCUUAGCCCCCUCUCCUUGGGAGUCCUCUGGGCAGCCACUGCUGCUGUCCAUGGUCCCUGAGCUGCCUCGGCUCCUGGCACCAGCCCCCCUGGCCAGCCCCAGAGGCAUCGUUGACCUGGGGAGCUUGCAGCCAGGGCUGCUGCAACAAAGCCACUUCCGGCUUGCCCAGGAGGUGGGGUUGCGGGCUUCACGCCCACCCCACGUGAGCGGGGGCUGGUUUCAGCCCCCGCGAGAACAGGGGAAUCCCGGCCGGGUGUGUCCCCCCAGCCAGCCGAUCGGCUGGCUGGGGGGGCGUGGCCUGAGCUAUUUAGGGCCGGCACGGAGGGGGCUCGCCCUCUCUUUGCCGGCUAGCCCUCACGUUUUUCCCACCCUCCCUCCCUCUAGGUAGGUUUUUAGGCAGGUUUCUGACUUUGCUAUGGACUUCGGUCUGUCGCCGCAAGGGGCAUGGUAGGAAUUUUUCCCAAUUGGCAAUUUACAGCCUUUUGGUUUUUCGCCUACCUCGUGGCAACUCGUCACAACUCUUCGGCAUUGGCGGUAGGCAUUGGUAAGAAGGGGUUAAGAGGAUGUGGGGGGGGGAGGAGCGCCAUCACCUCCCCCCAGUGAACGAAGGGUGGUCCGUUAAAGGACUCCGGGGGCGUGGCCCUGUCCGAAGCCUAUGGAGGUGAGGGCCAAAGGCACGCCCCAGAGCGGUGACCCGGGGAGCUCCUAGUCGACGUGCCUCGGCAGGAGACUCCCCGAUAUAGUGUUAACCCUUCCCCGUGUCUCCAGCAAUUGGGCUGUGGCUGGGGGGGCACACCCGGCCGGGAUUCCCCUGUUCUCGCGGGGGCUGAAACCAGCCCCCGCUCACGUGGGGUGGGCGUGAAGCCCGCAACCCCACCUCCUGGGCAAGCCGGAAGUGGCUUUGCGUGGCGAGUUCCCGCCCCCCACCAGGAUAAAUAAAGACACCAGACACCAUAAUUAAGGUUAAUUGGGCGAAUUAGGCCACAACUUUAUUGAGUUCAGGAAUGAGAGGCAUUGGCUUAGGCAUUGGUCCUAUCGACUAUCCGGCUCCAGCCCAAUUGCUGGAGACACGGGGAAGGGUUAACACUAUAUCGGGGAGUCUCCUGCCGAGGCACGUCGACUAGGAGCUCCCCGGGUCACCGCUCUGGGGCGUGCCUUUGGCCCUCACCUCCAUAGGCUUCGGACAGGGCCACGCCCCGGAGUCCUUUAACGGACCACCCUUCGUUCACUGGGGGGAGGUGAUGGCGCUCCUCCCCCCACAUCCUCUUAACCCCUUCUUACCAAUGCCUACCGCCACACGAGCAACCGCUCGCCGCCAAUACUCUCAUACCUGAAACCAAUCCCUUAUCCCCUUCACUAUGUCGCACAGCCAAACAUCAUUUCCAGCAUCGGAAAGAUGCACGCCAUCAAACCGGUAGAGGGCCUCACAGUUGAAACGAAUGCCCGGGUGUUCGAUGACCUUUCCACCCAGGGCUGCCACUCUACGCACCACCGCCCGAUCCAAGGCUUUCCUCGCCUUAUUCAUGGCUAUCGGGCACCUGCAAUCCCUCCAAACACGCCUCUCCAUCAAAGAGGCCCAAAUGAUUGUCAUGUCCGGGUAAGAGGCCUUAAGCUCCUCAAAGUCACUGAAAAUGUGCCACUGCAAGUCAACUGCCUUCCUGUAGGCAAGGUCAUUUUCUCCCAAUUGUAUCAACAAAGCAUCCGGGGGGCCCUCCGCUGCUGCUCUGGUCUUAAAUGCGGGCAACAUCUCCGCCCAGCGCAUUCCCCUUCGCGCAACCCAGGAUAAAGUGAUGCCAGACGGUAAGCCGAGGCGCGGCCCGAGACCGGAGUUGAUGGCGCGGACCCUGGCCCAAUGCACAAUGCUGUGCCCGAAUAUCCAGACGCGGACCCCCAUAACACCUGCAAAAGAUUAAAAGAACAGGCCAUGGUCAAUUGACCCCAGUUGAACCAUCAUAGAUUUCCUCUAACAUAACGUUUGUAAGCGUCCGAUUUCCAGCGGCCCAAGUCCUUAACCCUCUCCGUAGUAAGGCCCAGGUGCACUGCUGUGGUGGCCGCACCUAUUCUAAACGAGUGCGCCGCGAAAUCCGCAGGGGGAAGGCCACAUGCAGCCAGCGUUGAGCGCAUAACCCGUGUGAACUGUUGACGCGUCAGAGGUAAGCCGUCUGCAUGGAUAAAGAAAGGCCCUGCCGAAUUGGUCCUCAGAUCUAGGAAGCGCCUGGUGUCCUUAAUGGGGCACGGGCCUGGUUGUCCGGUUGCCAGAAGCCGAACCAGGGCCCCCCUCCCGUACUGGUCUGUUUUGGAGCUGCGUAUUCGUAACACCAGAUCCUCCCUAGAGAGCGUAAGGUCGCUCAGUAGUAACCCCCGGGAAGAGCCGCGCUGACCCUCUUCAUAAACCACCUCACCCACACGCAUCGCACCAAAGAAGGCGAUGGAGUAUGCCGCUGAAAAUAAGCGCGCCUCAUACUUGGACCAACAGACCGUUCUCAGCUUUUUGUGAAUUUGGGAAAGGAUGUCGAAUGAUAUUGGCCUCCUUACGUCAUGGCUUGGGGGGCUGCAGCCUGCGCCAGCCCUCCAGGGUCCUUCGUAUGACGAAAUCAGCGCAUGGAUCAGAGGAAAAUAACACCUUGCAAAAGAAUGAUAUUGCCGCUGCCUGAAGGUUGAUAGUUCUAGGGGCGCGACCCAAACGUUUUAAGUAUACCAAGUAAGAUAAGACCUCGGACUUAACGGGGGGGGCGUUAUUCCUAUCGGUGCGGGUUUUAUUACAGAAAUUAAGGAAAUCUGACCACGCCUUCUUAUACGAUCUUAAAGUGGACGGAGCCAAUGAGGCCAAUACUCCCUGAAUCACUUCUGGUUCCCAUGACUCUGGUCCCCAAGUCUCCACAGAUGUUCCGGGAACGGCUGAGGAAGCGGCUGAGCCUCCGGUGCUAACGAGCGGAAGCGGUCCAUCUGAAAACGAGAUAGGGCAUCCGCGAUGUCAUUGUUAACUCCAGGCACAAAUUUGGCGGAGAAGUGGAUAUUAAGUUCCAGACACCUGAGAACGAAGGAGCGCAGGAGGGCACCUACCCUUGAUGAUCGCGCGGCCUGCCUGGAAAGGACUCCCACCACUGCUUGGUUGUCAGUGUGGAAGCAAACUCUAUGGUUGCUGAAGACUUCAGACCACAAGUGCACUGCCACAACAAUUGGAAAGAAUUCUAGGAAGGUCAAAUCUCUGGUUAUGGGGGUCCCUUGCCACGCUGGUGGCCAACGUUGGGCACACCAUUGGCCUCUGAAGUAAACGCCAAACCCUAAGGAGCCUGAAGCAUCUGAAUGAACCUGGAAGUCCACUUGCAACAGCAAGUUCUCUUGCCACAAGGAAAUACCGUUGUAGUUCUCCAGAAACUUCAACCAAACUUCCAAGUCAGAUUUUACCUCCUUAGAUAAGCGAACCCUAUGAUGGGGGGAUCGCAGGCCGGCUGCCAGCCUCGCGAGGCGGCCACAGAAUGGACGGCCAGGGGAAACCACGCGGCAGGCAAAGUUUAAGUGGCCUAGCAGUGACUGUAUCUGCCUUAGUGUUACCUUUUUCAGGGGGAGGAGCUGCUGAAUGAGGUCGCCAAGCGCAAUCAGCUUCUCUCUGGGAAGUUUUGAGGUCUGCGCGACUGUGUCCAAUUCGAUACCCAAGUAGACCAUGGUUGUAGCUGGACCCUCUGUUUUGUCAGCAGCCAAGGGAACUCCCAGCUCCCCUGCUAACGAUGUAAAGGCUUCAAGGAGCUCUGAGCACUUACGCCUACUAUUGGCCACGAGGAUAAAGUCAUCCAGGUAGUGCGACACGCCCUCGGACCCAGUUCUAAAGCGAAGCGCCCAGUCCAGGAAGGUGCUGAAUGCCUCAAAGGCUGCACAGGCGACUGAGCAGCCCAUGGGCAUUGCUUUGUCCACAAAAUAAUCCCCUUCGAAUUUGAAACCCAGCCACCGGAAGUCUUCCGGAUGAACUGGCAAGAGUCUAAAGGCCGAUUCAAUGUCGCAUUUUGCCAAAAGCGCGCCCUUGCCGAAUUUGCGAAUGAGCUUGACCGCUUGGUCAAAAGUAGCAUAUUUCACCGUACAGAGCUCCUGAGGUAUCGCGUCAUUGACGGACCCUCCCUUUGGGUAGGAAAGGUUGUGAAUCAUGCGAAAUUCACCAGGUGCUUUCUUAGGGACUAUACCUAACGGGGAUAUGUGAAGGCCUUCGAUUGGGGGAGUUAAGAAGGGGCCAGCUACCCUACCUGCGUUGAUUUCUUUACUAAUCUUCUUACGGGCCACCUCGGGCAUCUCCCUCACCGAUUUUUGAUUUGGAGGAUCACUCGAAUUGGGGGUAAACGCUAUUUCCCGGUAAGAAUAUCUGCUCCUCUAUUGAGUAGGGCUGGCUGAUACCUGGGUUUCAACAUUGUGAUAUAUCACCUGAUAAACAUUGCAAUAUCCUGAUAUAUCAUGAUGUUUUGAAUCAAGAGGGAAUAAGCCGCCUGACGUAUCCGCUUCUGUUAAGUUGUGGGUGAACAUAUCAGACGACACAGCGAUUCUUCAAACAGCUCUUGUUUAUUCAGAGGACAGAACAGAACUGAACUGAAGGGUUCUGCCAGCUUGCUUAUAUAGAGCUCCAGUACAAUGUAACUGUAUCAACUUUCUGUAACUAUCCAAUCACUGAACGUCACAUUUGAUCCCUUAUUUGCAUAUGUGGACCUGAACUAUCUACAGUAUCCCCCUGCUGGCCCAGGUGAGAACUUCAGUACAUAACAUCUUCUGAAGCACCCGACAGUCAAACCUGCAAGCCGUGAUCAAACCACUGCAGGAGUGAUUCAUUGCAUCAUUUGCAGUCUCCCCUUCUCCAGGUGCACUGCCCAUUCUCUGCCUGUUUAAUUGUUAGCAAAGCCUUCUAACCCAGAUCAAGCACAAAGAUGAAGAGAGAGAGAGAGGUGAACUCAGUUUUUUUCAAAUCAAAUUCAGUUCAGGUGAAGCUUCUCUGCUCCUUACGAACAAGCCUUCCAAACUGUACCUCUGCCCAACUGUCAUAGUCUGGAAUUACAUCGCCCACAAGCAAACAACCACAGAUUUUUUGGCUAUUGAGUGGCUCCCUUGAGCAACUACAUUCUUUCUGCGGCGCCACUGCGAGGCUCAGCAGCCCAGUUAUGUCAGUUAUGUCACCCCUUGCCUGCAGAGCCUGCAGCCUCUCACCCUUUUUCGAUCACCCUCCCUUGUGGAGGGCUCUCUUAGCCCCCUCUCCUUGGGAGUCCUCUGGGCAGCCACUGCUGCUGUCCAUGGUCCCUGAGCUGCCUCGGCUCCUGGCACCAGCCCCCCUGGCCAGCCCCAGAGGCAUCGUUGACCUGGGGAGCUUGCAGCCAGGGCUGCUGCAACAAAGAGCUGUGCAAGCCUUUAGGAGGCAGAGACGAGAGAGAGCGCAUCAGAGGAGGGAGGGAAGGAAAGAGGGACAGAGGUCAGUGUUGAAAAACCACAGCCGGACAGCGUCAUAUUAGAAUGCUUUAAAAAGCAGAAAAACAGAUGUUAAAGGCCAUUUCUGUUCUGGGUUUUCCCAUCAGCCCAGCUAAUUACUGGGCUGCAUGGAUUACUGCAUGGAUCCUGAAGGCUGCUUUGUCCUCAGCAGAAGCUCAGCGAAGGAACUUAACUGGGUGUGGUUGCUACCUGCUGCCGGAAGUAUCCUGGUAAGGCUUGUAUCCCUCUCUUGGUGUGGCUACAAUUGGCAGAGUAGCAUUUUUCUUGCUGGUUAUUGUUGGUCAGGGACAGGAAAUCGGGUCAAGAGUGUUGCAGUUUACAAUGCUAGGAAAUAGCCUGAGGUGAACUUUAUUGCCAGCUAAAUUGCUAUUGCAAAAUAACCUUUUUAGCCCUUUUGACAAGGAGGGAGCUGCCGCUCCAUGGGUGGAGCAUGGGUGGGGCAGCUGCCCCCAAUCAAUAAAAAUACAUAGCAAACUGAGGUUCUGCCCCCCCCCCAAUUCCUGGCUACGCCCGUGCCGCUCCCCUUUUUGCAAAUGCUGCUCCUCAAGUCAAGAUGGAUUUCUGCUUUUGAUCUUUUUCUUUUCAAUAUCGGUUUCUGCUCCCUAGUGUUUGUUUCUAUUUUUAGCUUUUCUAGCUCUGGGAAUUUUCCUUGAAAGGCAAAAAUGGGCCUCCCGGUUACGCAUGCAAGGACACCACAUAGCAGGAAACAUAUUUGCUUAUUGAUUAAAUUGGUUAGUCACUUUAUCUUGCCCAAGGCAACAAAAAAAUGACUUAACAUUAUUGCAGAGGUGUUAAGGAGCUGGAAAUUUAGAAGCCAUUGAGCAAAACUCUAUUUUUUACUGUUUUUUUUCUUGGGGAGUGGAUGGGUGGAAUUGGAAUGUUUUUGGGGAAAUGAAGAGGUAUGUAAAGGUGAACAUAACUCUAAACCUGAUAAUUUUUUACUUAACCUUUAACAUAUUGUUGCAACUGUUACGUUAUAGUAGUACUCUACCAAAAGUAACACAUUUUCUCUAAAAUUAAAGCUGUAGAAGUAAGUAGUAGCAUUGAUAUCAAAGGUUCCCUAAAAAAAUAAUUACACUACUUAACAAGGGGAAAAAAGCAAAUUCAGUGUCACAAAUAUUCAAAUUAUAUUUGAAUGGAUAUUCAAAUAUAAUUUACUAUUGAGUCUUAGUACAACACCAGUUAUUUGAUUGUUGGUUAAUUUCCUUUUCUAAACCAGGCCAAAGAAGAAAGAAUGUAAUGGAUAAAUUUUAUCAGAACAAAAUAUAAGCAAAUUUUAUAUUUUUAUUGGCAGGAAAAUUUACAUUUAUUUUAUAACCCAGGCCAAACCAAUAAGGAUGGGUAGAAUUUUACAGAACAAAAAAUGAUUAAAUGAAGUUUAUAUUUUUUGCAAGGAAAAUUUGUAUGUUGGCGUUCUCUGGCAAUAGAGAUGCCCUUUGUAUUUGAAGAACAUUGCCAGCCAUGCUGAACAUACGUUCAAAUGACACACUUGUUCCUGGGAUUUUUUAAUACCGCAUACACAAUAUGCGUUAAAUUGCAAAGUCAUUUAAAAAAAAACAAACUGUUACCACGAUUUGCUCUGAAACCUGGUAUCAGAAUAUAUAUAGAUUUAUAGCACAGCCCUAGUCUCUGGUAUUGAUGUUUCCGAUGAGAGACCAUCAGGGUGAUGUCAUCAGCAAACGUUAAGUGACAUAAGAAUCAGGGAACUCUGACUCAUUUCCUGGCUUUUUAUGGCAGAACAAUUCUUUAAUUGUUGGCUUUAAUGGCGCUAAAAUCUGGUACCCAGUCCCCAGGCAAUAUGCUAUUGAAAAAUUUAUAAAGAUGGGGGGGUGUUUCAGAAAACUUUAUAAACAAUUUCUGUGAGCAAAAAGCUGGGAAGCGAGAGACAGAGCAGUGUUUUGUGUCUGUUUGAAUCCAAGGAUGGGAAAACAAAACCCUUUGAGGUGUUAAUGCUGGGAACCCAUCCACUUUUGGCUCUGGCUGUAAAGGUAAAGGGCCCUCUGACUGUUAGGUCCAGUCAUGGCCGACUCUGGGGUUGCGGUGCUCAUCUCGCUUUACUGGCCGAGGGAGCUGGCGUACAGCUUCCGGGUCAUGUGGCCAGCAUGACUAAGCCACUUCUGGUGAACCAGAGCAGCGCACGGAAACGGCGUUUACGUUCCCGCCGGAGAGGUACCUAUUUAUCUACUUGCACUUUGAUGUGCUUUCGAACUGCUAGGUUGGCAGGAGCAGGGACCGAGCAACGGGAGCUCACCCUGUCGCAGGGAUUUGAACCGCCGACCUUCUGAUCAGCAAGUCCUAGGCUCUGUGGUUUAACCCACAGCGCCACCCGCGUCCCGCCCUGGCUGUAUCUAUGUGUAAAUAAACCGUAUAUCAUAAAAGGCACCACAAUCUCCGCUGUGCCUCAUUUCCAAAAGGAAACAUGGACCUUGGAUGAGGGUCUGGAAGCCCUGGAAGCAAUUGGAGUAGCUUCGUCCAACAGUAUGUUUUAUUUUUUCUAACCUGAAGGUGCCAUCAGAGGGGAAUUAA